CCUAUUGCUUGUAACUGUUAAGUCUGUCGAGUACUAAGCCGAUUCUAUUUCAAGGGUAGCGAGUCGAAACGGGACAUGGAGACCAUGAUUAAACGACCCGACUAAAAUGUUGCACUUCGGACAUAUUGAGCGCAGUAAGAAAUCACGCCAGGAAUUCAUCUGGGAGCAGUAGGCUAUAAACAUAUAAUUGGAGGAUUAACCCCGCUAAAAUAAUUGGACAACUUUUAACGGAUGUAGGCUACUGUCAUUGUGUUUUUGUUUUUUAUUCUAGUGUGUUAGGCUACUGGAGGACAGAACCAAUUCGUUUAGCCCUUGAUUAUAGUCAGGUGUUUUUAAUGAGAAUCUCUCCAGUCUUAAUGAUUGCUAAAGAAAAUCCCUCCAACAACAUAAGUAAAGCAACAUCUACAGACCUAUGCUCAUCACAAURACUAUGAGAACCUUAUGACUUUGGAGCGCACGGGUCAGUUUUCUUCAUCAGGGAUCAACAGACACUUGAGCUGCCACAGCCCAUGGAGGUGGUGUCGAAGCAGGAGCGGGCGGACCAAAGCAAGGCCGACGCUUUCAAGAGUGACCAGGAGGGGGACAAUGCGACGGCCUCUGGCCACACCUGCGGUCUCUGCGGACGGAGCUUCCCUCUCCUUAGUUCACUGUCCCAGCACAUGCGCAGGCACACUGGAGAGAAGCCGUACAAGUGUCCGUACUGCGAACACAGGGCGGCCCAGAAGGGCAGCCUGAAAGUCCACAUCCGCAGCCACAAGCUGGGCCUGUUCAGCCGAAGCCUGGMCAAGAAAGAAGAAGAGGGCAAGAAAAGAGAGGUGGAGGAGGAGGAUGUGGAGCAAGGACAAACACAGAGAGAACCCCAGCAACUGGUUAGUCCCGACAACAACCUUGCCAAAGGCACCUCGGCCAAGAAGCACAAAGUCAAUGGCAAGACAAAAAAGAAAAGCUCCAAGAAGAAAAAUGACAACGCAGUUAUCCAGGAUGGCGGCAAGGAGGACAAGUCACAAACCACGGCUGAGGGCAACUCAUUUCCGGGAGGGACCAACUGGGUGGACGAACGGGACGAGGAGGCCAGUGCUGGCUCCUUCCCCUGCCGGUCUUGCAGCCAAGUCUUCCCCCAGGCCCUGCUCCUCAAGGCCCACAUGAAGAAGCAUCGCGGCUCCCUAGACCAUGGCUGCCGCAUCUGCGGCCGGCGCUUCCGCCAGGCCUGGUUCCUCCAGAGCCACAUGCGGAUUCAUCGGGCCAAAAGCCAGCUGCGGGGUGGGGGUGGAGACAGCGGCGAGUCCCCAACCACCCUCAAUGGGGUCCCUCGGGAGCCGGCGUCCCUGGUGAACGAUGACUGUCUCUACGAGCUGUGUGCCGGCUGCGGCAACUUCUUUUACGACCGCAAGACCCUCCGGCUGCACGAGAGGGUCCACAAGCAGAGCCAUACCCCCAACAAGCCGCUGCAGCAAGACCCCGACAACGGCUCGUCAUCACCCGCCGCCAAGAGUCGCUUCCUGGAAUGCCUUAACCUCAGGGCAGCUGGGGCUGGAGAGGCAGCUAUGGAGGGGAGUCUUGGUAGACGGAUCCCCGAGCUGGACCCGGUAUGCAGUUACCAGGCCUGGCAGUUGGUCACCCGGGGGCAUGUGGUUGAGGUGACAGAUAAAAGUCUAGGCUGGGAGGAGAGGCUGGCGGAUGCCGACGUGGCGUUUGACCAGGAGAAGGGCGAGUUUGUGCCGCUGAAACAGGAGAAGCGGAAGAGGCAGCUGGACUCCUCCCAAAGCAAGAAGAAGAAAGGAUCCCAGGAUGUUGUCGUUAAUGGUGGCUGCGGUGGGAUCUCCCACCAGCAGGGUGACAGUAGAAAUAGCCGCACCUUGUUGAAUGGGCUCAGCCCAGAGACAUUUGGAAUAUUGCAGAAAAAGGUGAAAUAUGGUCAUCAAUCCAGCAAGCAAGCCACCAAAUCAAACUCUUCCAGUCAGCCCAGCACACCAAGACAAGAAAAUUCUCUGUCUGCCUCUUCCAUAAAGAGGAAUAAUAUCAGGGACCCAACCUAUGAAGAUACCAAGCCAUACUUCUGCGAGCACUGUGACUUCCACACCAGCGACCCCUCUUGCCUCACGUUCCACAUGCACAAGCUGCACAAGCACAUCAGGGAUGCACGUCAUCACAUACUGGAAGCUGUAAUGGAAGAACCGAGCCACGGCACUCCCAAAGUCUCAGGUUACAUGGAAUAUCUCCGGCUGAAGAGCACACUGCUCAGCCAGCCCUACGGGAAUCCUCCUGGCCAGGAGAGGGCGGCAUCGAGCAGACAGUCUGAAAAGUCGAGGAGCCUAAAGGUCAAAGGGCAAUCAUCUCAGGAUGCUAUCAUCAAUGCCAGCCUCCUCAACCUGUCUGCCCCGCCCGAGGGCCAGCAGGAGGAUAGUGGUGCGAACCCUGUGGCAGCGCUGUCCGAGGGUAAGCUAGUCAGACACCAAUGUCCGUUCUGCACCCACACCACUCAUUAUCUGGAGGUGCUGUGGAUCCACCAGCGUGUGGCCCACAGGGUGGAUAGUGGCAGCUCCCUGGCUCCCAAGUGGGCCCCCUACGUCACCUGUUUCAAGGGCUCCAAGGCUGCUGGACGACGCACAGGGCCCCCACCUUUCCUGGAAGGAAAAGACUGCCCAGUGCUCCCAGUGCCCCGGUCCCAGCGCACCAAAGCCCCAGGUUCCACUGCCAUGCAACCUUCAGGUGGAGGCACCAAGAGGCCAAAGACCCACACAAGCACUACAACUACUACUGCCCAGUCCAACACCAGCCAGGCCAUGGUGUCAGGGUCGCGUACCAGGUCACCCCCUGGUGGUGGGAAGUCGCUCCUACCUCAAAAGAAGAAGUCGUCAAGCCUCCCAAACCAUACGGGGGUGGUGGCAAAUAAGAGCGCCCGAUCUAAAACAGAAGCCCACCCUAAAGUUCCUGCCGCCACCGCCACCGCCGCCUCAACCAGCAUCCGAGGCUUCUCCCAGCAGUCGACAAGCAGAUCCAAAUCUGGAAGCCAUCAUCGGGAGGCUGCUGAGGGAAGCCUGCUUCCGCAAGAGGGCCUCGGCUUUAUUCUCGCCAGGAACCAUGGCAGGGCCGACCACACAUCCCAUCUUACCCCAGACAGAACUUACCUACACCCCCAGCCCCGUCCACACCCACACAGCCAUCCACAGGAUCCCCCUGCAGCCCUGAAAGMUCAAGACCUUUGGUCAGUCACAAACAUGUUUGGGGCGCAGGGCAGCAGUGGGUACCUGGCACCCAACACCGUCUUCGGCCACGGGAAGAGGGAGUCAACUGCUGGGGACAGCAGAGACACCCCGAUGGACAUGGACAUCCUGGGUCUGUUGAAGAAUUACAACCCCCACGACCUGGCAGCUCUCUACCAGCACUGGGGCUUUGUAGAUCCCAGGCUUGACCAACAAGCAAUGCUGCAGUACAAUGGACAUUUUGGAAAUGAAGUCCAUUCCUCCACGGAGGCCUCCAAACAAGUGAGUGGCCGCUCCUCUGCUUCCACAACCUCUCUUAGGAAGGGGACAUGAAAACUCUGCAUGCCACAUGCCCUGAAAACUCGACUUCCCAAAAUGCACUGUUGCAAGAUGAGAAGCCUGCAGUCCCUCACAGGAACCAAGCCAUGACUACAGGAGAACAGUGGCUCUUCACUUGAGGGGCCCAAUUGUCUCAAGGGACACUCUUUGUCUACAACUAACUAACCCUCCCGGACUGAUAAAGCUACCAUUACAUGUGGACGUGACAGAGUGGAAAUUCUUCCCCAACUGGGGUGUGAACUCACAACCCUGUACACUGUAACUCAACAUACUCAAGAAGCACCGUCAAUACCUCGGACACAGAAAGGACAAGGCAUUUCUGCAUCCAGUGGCAGAACUUCUCAGGAAUGCAGUAGCGAUGCACUUAACCAUCUGCUACAUCACACACUGGGCGUAGAUGUUUAUGUGGUGACAGUAUACUGACCUGGAGAUGGUGUAGUUGUUUAGCUCAUGGUGAUUGAGUUCAGGCUGGGUUAGUGAUAACUGAUUCUAAAUCAGUUGUUAAAGGGCAGAAAACCAGGAUCCCCCAGGGUGUUUUAUGUAACCUUUAAUGCAAACCCUUUAAAUCCAUGUCAGAGCAAAAAUACAAGCAAAGACUGAAACGUUCAUAUUAUAUCCCUCCAGAGAAUUGAUAGAACAUUUUGAAGUAAUCGGAUUGGUAUGUGUGUUUACUGUGAAUGUGUGUUAGUGUUUUAGUCAUCUGUUUAUUUUAGCUUUUGACACUUUUUUUUGUGUUAUUUGGAAACUGUUUGGAUUGGUCAGGUCAGUCAGCUCACACAAGCAAAGUUACCAUCCACCUUGAAAGCUGGAAUCUUUAAUAGUAAAACGGCCAUGUCCAUUUGUGAUAUUACAACAAACUAAUUACUGCAAACAACAAACACAUUUUUUCUCUCGGACAUCAUCGCGAUGGAACAGCAGCAUAUAUUCAUUAUUCAUUCUUGUUUUACCUUGAUGCAUGACGCUCCCCACUUCUGCUUCGUCCAACAAACAAAAUCAAUAACAAUGGCCAUGGGGUGGACAGUGGCAUGGUUUAGCCCACUAAGGAGUUUCUCCCAUCUUUAAGCAACAAUAAUGAGGCAGCUGUUUGACUUACCAUCCAUCUCCAGCCAUGUUUACAUGAACAACAACUAUGCUAGUCUCUUCUGACCAGGGAUGUUGUGGAGGGUAAACACACAAAAUGCUGGCAAGUAGCCUCGAGGUUGGAGCGUUGGGCCAGUAACCGAAAGGAAUACGAAUACUGGAGCCAACAAUGUGUCGGGUGUGCCCUUGAGCAAGGCACUUAACCCUAAUUGCUCCAGGGGCACUGUACAACGGCAACCCUGGUCGUGACCCAACUCCCUGCAAGUGACUUGAGGAGUUGCGAUAUGCAAAAAAAAGAAUUCAUUAUAAACUUGUGUAAGCACCCCCCCCAAAUUAUUAUUUACGCAGCUUUUAAUUUGUGAAAUUACUUUUACCCACUUAUUAUUGCGUUCCCAGCGUAGAUCAAUGCUCAGAACGCUUAUUUUCUUUAUAUGAGUUCUUCUCGCACCUGCUUCUUUUAGCGAACGGCUAAUCUCUGCCCUCUCACCUCUCACGAAUCGCAGCACAGACCGAGGGCCAGUGAAACAGACUACCCCAGCGGCAAGUGGAUUUAAAGGGCUCUGGCUAGUGUUAUCCAGCUAGCUAGCUGGAUGAGGAAAGAAGCUAAUGUUAAAUGGCUCUUGACCACAGCAGGGGCAAAAUAUAGGCUACUAAGUUCUCGUCAUAAAUUUGCUUUACAGAGAGUACUAGUAAAGAUGUUUAUAACUAACCCAAGAUAUACCAGAGCCUGUAGUUUCCAAUGGGAGCAAAUUCAUCAUAGUGGGCAUAAUAAGUAAGGAGGUGGGCAGAGCCAAGCACAAGUUAGUUUGAUCCUACUGGCGCGUUCUAGCAUUUAUUUGCAUAUGUCCAUUAGGGAACACCUACUCUGAAGUACGCGUGUGCAAUAACUAAAUUUGCCCUUGCCCUCCUACUAAAUAACACAACUUUGGGAAAGGGUAAAGUCUACAAAACGCAGUAGACUCUGUUACAGAUUCUAGUUUUGGAAACAAAAAACUAUGUAUAUCAAAUGUUUAAUGAAUUAUUUAUUUUUGCGGAUUGUCGGCCAAAAUCCAUCUCGCUCUAUCUUCUUCCACUGCCGGCAACUGGGCUUCCUCUCAUCACCAUAUUUGGUAUUUAGUGAGUGGAAAUGCCAACCGGAUGCUUUACAUUGAUACAUCAGGUGAAAUAUCUGGCUCAUUGUUCUAUCUGUGGGACCAGUCAGACAGACAGACAGUGGUGUGGCAGACAGUGGUGAGGCUGCGGCAGGCUGCAAAGCAUGCAGGAGGAGGCAGAGGAGACACAGAGAGAGCGGAAGCAAGCAGAGAGCGAGAGGUUAGUACAGUGGUUCCCAAACUUGGGGUCGGGUCACCCUGUGGGGUCCCCUGAGAAAAUCUGUACUAAUCUUAUACAAAUUAAGAACGUACAAAAUAAGAUAUUUCAAUAUCUCCCCAUAUCCUACCUUCCCUAAAGGCCUACAUUAAAAUGCAAACAAUACAGAUGUAAAAAUGUAACACGUCUUCCUUUAUUUCGUUAGUCUUAUCUUGAUCGCCCACUGGUCUGUAUAAUUUACCCACCCUUUGUUUUACCACUAUAUCACUGGUGCUGACCAUGUAUGUUCUGUCGCGUUAAGUCUUUAUAUCCACUCAAGUGGAUAUCCCAACAUUGAAAGACUGGCUUCCAUUGCUAUGGACCACUGACCAUGUGGAACAUUUCAAACAUUGUGUUUCUCAGACCUCAGAAWGUUUUCUUCUGUUGAGGUAAGUCCACGUCCCAGGCUAUCUGAUCCAGACGGAAUGGAAAAUGAACCCAAAACAAAUGCAUGGAAAAGAAAAGCACUAUGUAACUUACAGAUUUGCAGUGCUUCAUGCGUAUAGCUGGAUCUACACAACCAAUGGUGUUGUGGACUUGAACAGAAGGCCACUUUUGAGGUCUGAGAACAGAAAAUGUCCCUUUAGAAGGUAGAUGUGCAGUUUGACUCCAUGAAAAGGACUACUCUUCAAUUAGGAGGAUUGUGGGUCAGUCUUGGAUUGUCUGUUUCGAAAAACACUGUUCUUUAGUUCCUUUUUGCUGUGUUUUUUGUGUUUUGCUGGAUCACUGGAUAUCUGUCUUAGAAAUGGCUUCUGCAGUUUUUUUCAAGUUAUUUUAGCUGCGCACAAGGAAAGAAAGCCAUCCAUGUUAAAAAGUACCAAUCUGAUGAUAUUAGUACGUUAUUUAUUGAAUAUUAUAUGAUAGUUAUCCACCUUGAAUCGAUUGUCGUAUGUUAAAAACAUUUUUUUUUAAGGU